AGAAGAGUCGAAAAGGAAAAGUGGUUCGUAGCCAGAGGCCAAAAACCGGACCAGGGACUGGGUGGGUUUGAGUUUGAGUACUUGCCCGCCUUGUACUUGUGCGUACUCGUGUUUCGAUUAGAGUGACCAUUUGCUAUGGGCUGCUGGGGAACCUGUUAAAUUUUCGAUGUUCGAUGCUCACCCGCCGCCAAGGUGCGUACACUUCCGUUCGUUAGCCGCCUUCCACACGCUUCCGCUUUCCACGUUCCGGACAGACGGCUACUAUAAAAAGCGCCAGCUCCUCCCCAUGGACAAACAAACGGUCGACAAUCGCCAUGUCCACAACAAUAAAUUUAGCGGUAGCGGUACUCUGUCUCCUGCAUUUAGUGGGAGCCAUUGCUGGCCAGCAGCAUCUCCUCACGCGUCCUCAGCGGAGCUCCCUCUUCGGUGGGUCACCCCCUUUGGAUUCGCGCUCUUCCUUCGGCUCCAUCGGUCACCUGGCUCCCCUUACAUCAGCCGGCUGGAACAGCGUGACACCGAUUGUCGGGGAGUGGGCCUACAAUCCGAUUGGUCUGGGACACAUGAGCAAGGAUGAGCUGGUGACCCUGCUGGACGCUUGGCGAGAGGUAGAGCAGGAAGUGGCCACCAGCCCAGUGCCAGAGCCACUGGAAACCCCCACAACGCCGGCACCACCAAGGCGACCCCGUCCGCCUCCUCCUCCUCCACCGCCGCCACCACCACGGCCAGUGGUGCUUACGCCUGCUCCCAGUCCGCUAGCACCUGGUACUCCAGUUACCGUUCGACUGCCGGCCUUUGUCCCCGUCCGGCUGGCGGCCAUGUUUACUCCCCGCGCUCCCGAUGCCGUUGCUCCUGCUGCUGGCGGGGAUGACCUGGUCACCGAUGAUGUAACAGACGGCAAGGCCAUGCCCCGCCUCUUCCGCUUCAUGCAGAUGACCGCGCCACGCGCCCCCUCGUCUCGUCGCCAGCAACAGCAGCAGCAGCAGCAGAUCGUAGUGCGGAAUACGCUGGACAGCAUCGAAGCGGGCACCUCGCCGGCCAGGAACCGCGUGAAGCCCAGCCCCAGGGUGGCCCUGGCAGCCCCACAGCCAGCGCCAGUGUCUCCCUUCCCUGCCAGGUUCGGAAUGCCGGACCAGCUGGCCAACGCUCGCCUGGAGCUCGUGCCCUCGUCGCAGAUCAUCGGCGACUGGCGAGAGUGAACCAAAGAAAAGAAACAACCUUCUAUAUAUGUUUUUUUUUUUUUUUAUUUAUAAGGAU